AUGUUUGGUGCUAUGGAUAUAUUGAACAAGAAGGCGAAGAGGGCUUCAGUUGGUUUUUGUCGAUCUCAGAUUGUCGGUGAUGAUGAAUCAAAAGCCAAGCUCAAAUAUCAAAGUAUUUUGAAACAACACUUGGAACUGCAAAAGGAAAUUGUUGCAAAGAAGAGAAAAUUGCUGUCUGCCAAGCAAAAGAGAUCAACAAUUUUAGCUGAAGUUAGAUUUUUGAGGCGAAGGCUUAAGAAUUUUUCGAGCAUUCAAUUUCCGGAAUCGGAUACACAAAGCAACGCCUUACAGGGAGAAACGAAUCACCAUUCGUUUGAAAUUGCACUAGAAAGCCACAAUCAAGAACUGGUCCGGAAUUCAAAUGAGAAAGAUAAACAGGCAGAAGGAACUGUGGGAGUGCAUAAGGACAGUGCUGGGUUUGCUAAAAGGCUAGAGAACUCCUUAACUGUCGAUAGAGACAUUGGCAAGCGAAAAACGGUUUGGCCUGAUCGAGUCGGUUUAAGGUCUAACUCGGUGACAUUACACUCAUGA